AUGGCAUGUAGUAGUACUACAAUUACUGUAUCCGGUCAUAAUGCACAAUGGGAAUGGGAAGGUGAUAAAAGUAUUUGGCAACAAUAUCCAAUUAAUAUUCAACAAGAAAUAUCUCAAGCAUUCGAUACUGGAAAUAAAGAAGUCGAUGUUAAUAUAACAGAUGAAAUAAGUAUGACAAUUAAAUUUAAUGAUAUGAUACAAAUGAAUAAAAAGACAAAAUUUAUGCGUCGUAUUCGUCUUUGUCUUGAAUUAAAAGAUGAAAAUGGAUUUUUUAUUUAUGAAUGGCAAAAUGAAAAUAAAAAAUGGGAACCUUAUAUAGCAGAAAUAAUGAUUAAAAUAGUUGAUGCAAUUAAUAAUGAUCAAACAACAUUAUCUGUUACUAGUCAAAAUCGUUCAUAUAAUAUUGAUCUAAAGAAAUUAAUUCAAACAAAUUCAAGUACAAAUGUUACUCGAAAAAUUCAUCGUAUUAAAUCAAUGGCAAAAUUACCAUCGAAUACUUCAACAACAUCAAAUAAACGUUCAUUAGAAAAUGAUGAAGAGCCUACAGAAAGUACGACUAAAAAACGUGCAGUAUCAGCAUCAUCUGGAUCAGAAAAGAGCUCAGUGCGCACUGUGACAACAGUUGCUGGUCAAGCACCUGUUGAUGUUGAAUGUAAAACAUUGUUUGGAAAAGUUCAUGUUUAUAGUGAAAAUAAAGAUAUAUUUGAUUGUAUGCUUAAUCAAACAAAUAUUGGAAAUAAUAAUAAUAAAUUUUAUUUAAUUCAACUUCUCGAAGAUAAUAAUAGUAAAAAAUAUCAUGUUUGGUUACGUUGGGGUCGUGUUGGUUAUACUGGACAAACUUAUUUAGAAAGUUUCGAUGGUAAUUUAGAUAAUGCCAAAAGAUUCUUUUGUCAAAAAUUUAGUGAUAAAACAAAGAAUGAUUUUUAUCAUCGUGAUACAUUUAUAAAAUAUUCGGGAAAAUAUGAUUAUGUUAAACUUGAUUAUAAUCCAUCGACUUCGAAAAAUAAUGAUGAAAAUGAUGAAAACAAAAAAAAACGUGCAGCAGCACUUGAAGAACUUAAAAAUCGACCAAUACCAGAAUCAAAACUUGAUAAACGUGUUCAAGAUAUUAUUGAAUUAAUUUGUAAUGUACGUUUAAUGGAAGAAGCAUUACUUGAAAUGAAAUUCGAUGCAAAAAAGAAUCCUCUUGGUAAACUUAGUUCCACACAAAUUAAAGCUGGUUAUGCAGCAUUAAAAGAUAUUGAAAAUUUUAUUAAUACAAAUAAUUUUAAUGCUGCUUUUAUAGAAGCAAAUAAUACAUAUUAUACACGAAUUCCACAUGAAUUUGGUCGUCAUACUCCACCAUUAAUAAAAACAACACAACAAUUAAAAUAUGAAAUAGAAUUACUUGAAGCACUUGAUGAUAUUGAAGUUGUAUUUAAUGCUUUAACUACUAAUACAAAUAAUCAUAUUAAUCCAAUUGAUCAAAAUUAUGAACAAUUAAAAUGUAAAUUAAAUCCAAUUAAUAAAACUGAUGAUAUUUAUCCAUUAAUUGAUAAAUAUCUUCAAUCAACACAUGCAUCAACACAUCAAUUAUAUAAAAUGCAAAUAGAAGAUAUAUUUGAAGUUGAAAAAGAAGGUGAAAAAGAAGUAUUUAAUGAUAUUGGUAAUAAAAUGCUUCUGUGGCAUGGAUCUCGUUUAACGAAUUUUGCUGGUAUAAUGAGUCAAGGUUUACGUAUUGCACCACCAGAAGCACCUAUAACUGGUCAUAUGUUUGGAAAAGGUUUAUAUUUUGCUGAUAUGAGUAGUAAAAGUGCGAAUUAUUGUUAUCCAGAUCGAAAUAAAAAUAUUGGUCUUUUACUUCUAUCUGAAGUUGCUCUUGGUAAAUGCAAUGAAUUAAUACAUGCUGAUAUUCAUGCUAAUAAAUUACCAGCAGGUUUAUCAAGUGUUAAAGGACUUGGUUCAAUUACACCUAAUGUAAAAAAUGAAGUCAAAUUAGAUGGUGAUAUUAGUAUACCUAUGGGUCCCGGUGAACCGACAACAGCACAUAAUGCAAAAAAUUAUACACUUAAUUAUAAUGAAUAUAUUGUUUAUGAUACAAAACAAGUUCGAAUGCGAUAUUUAAUUAAAUUGAAAUUUUUAUUUAAAUAG